UAUUUACAUGUUUCUCUUUUUAUAGAACAAAAUAAAAACACUUUUUCAAGUUAUUAAAAAAGAAAUGUUUUUUAUCUGGUGAUCAAGUUAGAAAUGUUUCAAUGCAUCAGCUACCUCUCAGAGGAUUUUGGAGACGUUGGGUUUUAGUUUUUUGUGGUUGUGUCAUUGGACUUAUCAUUGUGGUCAUAGUUACAAAAAAGAACAUUCAACCUGUUUCCUCAUUGAAACUAUCAAAAUUUAUUUGGUUGGAUUUAAACAACGUAACACAUUUAACAAAAUGUCGAAACUCGAGGCAAGGACCACACCUUAUAGCUGACGAAAAAGGUCAACUCUGUAAAAUGACAGAAGUUUCAUUCAAUGGUUGUUGCCAUCAUGGAAAUUCAACUAAACAUUUUGUGUGUGCAUCCUGCCAAUUGAAUAGAUGUUGUCAAGUAUUUGAGCACUGUGUUUCAUGCUGUUUGCAACCUCAAAAGAAAUUUGUUUUGGAGAAAGUAUUACUGCAAGCUCAGAACAGCCGAAAUCCGUUGUUGCGGCUUGUUCAAGACACGUUUGAGUUAUGCUUACACAAAUGUCGCACCUCGUCAACAAGCGUACUCCGCGAAAACAAAUAUCGUAACAACUUGUAUAAGUAUUGUUAUGGAGUGGACCCUCCGCACAUGGUGACUGGUAGAAACGCAAAGUAAGUCAUGCUAACACAUUUCGGGUAUCGAUUUGAUGACGAAUUAGUUACCUGUUGAAUGCUAACGCACGAAAAACCAUCGAACGCUGCAAGUUUACGUCUCUUUGGUGUGUGCUGCAGAAUGUUUUACCGCUGCAUCGUAAAGCUGGAAUGGCAGUUCAGAAUAAAAACAUCUAGGAUGGUGAGUGCGUUUAAGUUCGUAAAAGAUAUGAAGACCUUGCACAUGCAUACAACUGGAGAAAUUUUUAGUGCUUGGAAUGAAAAAUAACAUUGUAAUUUAUUUAUUAUUGUAACCUUUGUUUACUAAAAGCUAUUUUUAAAUUUCCCUUAUAGGAGGAAUAUUUGCGGAAAUUAUUCUUACAAUUAAGGACUCAAAUUGUAUUUCUGGUUUUAUAAAAUUAAUAAUAAUUAUAUAUGAUAAGUUACCUCUUC